UCGGCCACCGUAUAUUCGCGGAAGUUGUCAAACUAAUAUUUAGGAAGAGAGAGGAUGAGAGGUAAACUCAAAGGGUGAACAAGAGGAAUAGAGCAUUGAAAUCUCUAUUGUCCCUCUUUUAUAGCAGGACGUUAAACAUGGACGAUGAUUGGGAAGAGGAGGAGCAGCUUGUUGUGGUGGAGCUCUCUGGUAUAAUAAACAAUGACUUUCUGUCCAAGUGUCGGGCCACAUGCAAGAUACUGGAUAUUGACAGUGACAAGCCCAUGAUGCAAGUAGGACAGUAUGUGUUUGCAGGCGAAUAUGAAGACGCUUUGGGAACGUGUGUCCUAUUUGAGGAGGCACCACACAAAGGAAAAUCAGAGAGUGGUCCAGAGCUCAAGUAUAUGUGCCACACGGUGAAGAAACUUAUGAUGCAGCGGAUCUUCCUCACUGAGAAGAAAGAAGGUGAAACCAACACAGGAAGCUUUGAUAGUGAUGAACAGAGGGACUCCGCCUGUCAGUCAAGUCAAGAAGAAAAUGCCAACAAACAGAGGGAGACAGAAGACGAGAUGGAAAACACUGAUUUGGAAGACUCAGCAGUUGGUUGAGACAUUAAAACUCAACUAAAUACAAGUAGAGACACUGUGAUUUAUGAGACUAUGUGGGACUCCAUCUCUGCAACUAUUUAAAGGCAGAUGGAUUUGUACAGUUAAGCUGUAAUAAUAAGUGUUAGUAUAACUGUAUUGCACAAUGUGCUACUAUCCUUUCAUCAUUGAGCCUCAAGAUCAGUAAAUUUAAUACUUAAUCCAAAGGAUUAAGGAAAUAUGGCACCUAUGACACCUAUAGAGAAAACAAUUGAUCAGAUCCACAUGGGAGGAGUCUUGGGAAAGGCAGUUACAGAUUUGGUUCACUGAAAACUUAACAUCUUAUGUUUACUGUUGGUCUUAUUGUGCUUUUUUGUUCUUGUUUUGAUUUGAUUUUUAUUGGUUUUUUUUAAAUGUUUUUCUUAAGAAAUAUGGUGCAUGAAAAGAGUAAACAAUCACAGUUCAAACAUAGCAGCAUAAUAAUAAUAGUGUAAUCAAAGUACUGUGCAUCUCAGUGGAUCAAAAGAAAAACAACUCUCUACCUUUAUAAAGGUGUUUUUAUACUAUUCAAAGUUAAAUCCCACUAAAACAGAACAACGCAAAACGAGAGACAAAGUAAUAAUACUAAUGGUAAUAAUAAUAAUAAUAAUAGAUAAACAAAUAAGUAAUAAAAUAAAAAAAAUGCUCCAGAAAGGGAAAUGAGUUUGGUUUAAUUUUUAUUGACUUUCUGCCACAAUACUGGAUUUUGCAUUUGUUUGCAAAGCAACAGUUUGUCAAUCAGGCAGAAAUCCUUGUUUUAAAAACUGUGAAUUAAUUAAAUAAAACUAAUUUCUGCUGCA